AUGCGGGGAUGCUACUGGGCCACUGGAGCCUGCUUUAACUGCAGAGGCAAGGGCCAUAUAGCUAAAGACUGUAUUAGUGCUCCGAGAUAUAGUCCAGCUCCUACUACUACCGAGGGAUCUAUUCAGAGUCCUGCUCUCAGAGGUUCACAGUCAGUUGGCAGAGGAAGAGGUAGAGGUAGAGGCACUACUUCAGGCAGUCAGGGCACAGUUGGUCAGUCAGGACAAGGAAGUGCUUCAACCAGAAUCUACACAAUGAGACAGCAAGAAGAGGCUGAGACUUCUGAUGUGGUAGCUGUUGAAAAGAAUAUCGGGAAGGAACCCGAGGAACCGAGUCGAGGCUAAGGGACGACUCGCUUGAG